AUUCUAUCUGUAACAAUGAAGAAAAGAGGGAGAGAAGCUAUAAACUAUUCAAUGGAGCUAAUGGUAACCCCAAAAUUUAGUGGCACUGCCCCCAUGUGAAUGAAUACAUAUGUGUAGUGUCUUCAUCAUAAACUCCAUUUCUCUAUUUUAACAAAACACAACACUUUUAUAAAUCUUUGUGGUACUACUACUACUUAAUAAUCCACAUCCCUGCACUUCACUUUCUCUCCUUUCCUAAACCACCCCCUCCCUCUCUUUCCUGUCAUUUUGGCAGCUUUUUACAUUUUGUAUUUUUUUUAGUAUUUGAGUUGGACCACUUCUUUUUUGCAUUCACCCAACUGUACUACUUUUUCUUGAUAAUACCUCCACCUUUGCUUCCACUAAGGAGGCAAGUAUUUAACUUGUCUACUUCCUUCUUGAGUGCUUCUUGAUUGCAAACACUUAUUUUGGACUUCUUCUCACUUGUCCUUUUUUUUCAUUGACUGGGUUUUUUCCUGAUUUACGAACUUCUUUACUAUUUUGGGGAAGAAAUUAUCUGCUUGGUGUUAUGGAGGAAGAGUAAAGCAGCCUUUGAAAUUGUAGAAUUUAAGCCAAGAGGGGAAAUGGAGUCAUGGAGCUAUUUCUCAGGGGGGAAGGGUUUUGUAUCAGAGGAAGAUGGAAUGGGGAGACUGAAAAAUGGAGUUAUGGGUUGGGAAUUGAAGACCCCAAGUAGCUAUGGAAUGUGUUCAACUGAUAAUCAAGGAUUUCAUGAAUUGGGUUCUCCAAAUCUGAUGAGAAAACCCAUCUUCUGUGACCAAAUGAGAGAUGGUUUUACUAGUACUAAGCAUGGUGGUGCUAGUAUUUUCGGUUCAUUUCCUGGGGAAGAUAAAUCUAGUUCUAAACUAUCAAGCUCAGCUGUGGACUCAAUUUCAAGAGACUCAUCACUGAUAGAUUUGAAGCUUGGAAGAUUUCCUGAUCAUCAUGUAAAUGCAAGUAUUUACAAAUCUACUAAGAGUUUGUCCAGUUCCACUUCUGCUGAGUCAAUUGUUCCGGCUAAGAGAAUGAGAGCAGGAGGUGUGAACUCCCACAAACCAUUUUGCCAAGUUCAAGGUUGUGGAAAGGAUCUCAGCUCCUGUAAGGACUAUCAUAAGAGGCAUAAAGUGUGUGAGGUUCACUCAAAGACUGCUAAAGUUAUCGUAAAUGGCAUCGAGCAGAGGUUUUGUCAGCAAUGUAGCAGGUUCCAUCUACUGGCUGAGUUUGAUGAUGGCAAACGGAGCUGCAGGAAACGUCUUGCAGGUCAUAAUGAGCGCCGAAGGAAGCCCCCCCAUACUGGUACCAGAUUUCGUGGAACUUCUUUUGCAACGUCUUCAUUUGCGUGCCAAGACAUACUUGGCAGCCGCUUUCUGCAUCAGCCUAAAUAUGAGAUGAAUGACUGGUAUAAGAAUGUAAAAGUUGAAGAUGGUGUUGAUUAUAGUCCUCAACUUGCCACGCCCUUUACAAAUGGACAGUUACAACCAAAAUCUCAUUUCACAUCGUAUCAUGCCAAGAAAGGGUGUUUUUCUCUCCAUGAUGGACUACCUGCUGUAACAAGAAGCAGAUUUAACGAGAGUAGUAACUCAUCUCUGCAUGAUAUGCGAGGAUCAGAUUUUGUUUCCCCUUCUCUGUUCCACACCACCUCGACUGGAUCUGAAGUCUUGCAUGCUUUGGACACAUCUUCCACCAUUCAGGGGCUAUCAGGGUUAUCAAACUCCAGCAAUGCUCUCUCUCUUCUGUCAUCUCAAUCACAGGGCUCGUCAAAUCAUUCUACUGUUUUUUCCUCCUCUCGCCCCCUGAUUCAACCAAGCAACAAUUAUAAUGUGACUCAAGCAUCUAAAAAUGAUCUGGGACUUGGUCCUCAGGCUUCAGCAGGUAGGAUGUCCAAUACAUUCAAUUCAUCUGGGGUCAAUUCUGCAGAAGGUGGACUGGACCAGAUAUUAUUUCCUAGCAACACUUGUGGUAUCAAUCGCAUCAUUCAAGGAUCAGAUUUGGUGAACCCCAAGAAUCAACUUUCUUGUGAAGAUGGACCUACUAUUGAUUUGCUCCUGUUGUCAUCACAGCUUCAGCGUGUGGAGCAUCAAAGGUUUUCCAUGCAAGUGAAGCAGGACAGCAAUGCUUCCCCCGGUCUCAGAAUCACUUGAGCAGAUGCGAAUAUCUGGAUUAUUGUCAAAAUUGGUGGGCGCUUAACAGCUGAAAUGUACAGCAACUCAGACAAGAAGCAGACAGCCUUCUCAGUUUACAUUUGGUGGGAGCAUCAGGGAGCAAGUGUUUGGAAUCUUGAUGUUCGGGUCUUUUUUUUUUUUUUUUUUUGUUUCUUUUGCCCUCUCAUUUUUAUACUGAGUGACAACUGCUCCUUAUUGUACUGUCUCAUUCAAUAAUAAUGUUUUUCCUCUCUCUUGAACAAUUAACAAAAAUAAUCAUGACUUGGUAGCCUGAGUUAAUCUGUGUACUGAAUAUCCACCCUUUUCGUUCCUUUGUUAUAGAAUAUAUAGUUGCUCAA